UCUCCGAGCCAGACGAGAACCUGCUCUUCCAUGGCGUUAUGCGCUUUUACUUCCAAGAUGCUGGCCAGAAAGUGGCCACGAAAUGUAUUAGAGUGGCGUCCGAUGCCACUGUCACAGAUGUCAUAGACACACUAAUCGAGAAAUUCCGUCCCGAUAUGCGGAUGUUAUCCGUGCCGAAUUACGCCCUGUACGAGGUGCAUGCCAAUGGCGAGGAGCGUCGUCUGAAUGCCGACGAAAAACCGCUGCUGGUGCAGCUCAACUGGCACAUCGACGAUCGUGAAGGUCGAUUCCUGCUGAAGAACAUUGAUCAGAAGACCACCCCCAUCGAGCAAACAGAUCUAAACUUCAAGCGCAAGCUCUCCAAGCGCGAGAAGAAAGAGCAGAAGAAGAAGGAGAAGAUGGCCAAGCUAAGCUCCGACCCACCCACCUCCAAUGGCAGCCAGUUGGGUCUGGGCAAUGGCAUAAGUGGAUCCGCAGGGUCAGCCCACAUGAACGGCAAUGUCGGCGGUGGUGGAGGCGAUGGCAGCGACGCCGUAGCUGGCAAACUAUACACGGAACUGCCGGAAACCUCGUUUACGCGAUCGAUCUCAAACCCGGAGGCCGUGAUGCGACGGCGUCGACAGCAGAAGCUGGAAAAGAAGCUGCAGCAAUUCCGUUCCAGAGAUGGCGGUCCUGACACGGGCGGUACCCUGAAGAUCUACGGCGAAAGUCUCUGCCAGGAUGUGCCCUAUAAGACACUGCUCCUCUCCAUCCGGGAUUGCGCCCAGGCUGUUGUGCGGGAAAUGCUCACCAAAUAUGGAUUGGAAAAGGCCGAUCCCCUGCACUAUUGCCUGGUUCAGGUCAACAGCGAUGGAACGGAAUACAUACUCGAUGACGACGAGUGCCCGCUAUCGAUACUCAUGAAUCACCCAACGUCGCGAG